UUAGUUAUAAUAUUCGUUUUCUGUUAUAAUAAUAAUUUGUUGUUACCCUUGUUUAUAUGUUUUAAGUAUUGAGUUCCUCAUGAGCCUAUAAGUAUAAAACAAUAAUGUCUUUUUUAGAAUGGCGAAGAUUUAAUUUUUUUGAUAUCAAUCAUAAUGCAGAUUCAAGAAAAAUAUCUCAAACUAUUGGUAGCUCUAAAAUAUCAACUACGAGUAGCGGAAAUGGUCAUUUAGUCAUAUGUGAUGAUGAUGGCCUUGUACACUUAAUCACACGUUCAUUUCAAGUUACUACAUUUCGAGCCUAUCAAUUAAAUGUACUUAUUUCCACGCAACUACAAUAUAGUAGUUUUUUAAUUACAAUAGGGAAAGAUGAACCAGAUACCAAUGCAAUUCUCAAAGUUUGGGACUUGGAACGAAGAGAUCGACAAAGUAAUCCAAUAUGUGUCCGUUCCACAAAACUUCCAAAAUCUGAAAAACUUACCACAUUAUGUGCAGCUGAAAAUCGUUUGUUAAUGGCUGUAGGAUUUGUAGAUGGCUGUAUUGUACUUUAUAAAGGUGAUUUAUCCAGAGAUAGAAAUUCUAAACCGAAGAUGUUAAAAGAAUUGGAUCAAGAAAUAACUGGUAUGGGUUUCAAGUCUGUGAACAAGGAUCAAUGGUAUCUUUUUGUUUCUACUGCUUCAUCUGUUCAACAGUUUAAUGUCUCUUCUAAAGACUCCUGUCCAAUGACAGUUUUAGAUGCCGUUGGAUGCGAUUUCAAAUGUUCAGUGUUAGUAAAUGGACCUGAUAGUCAUUUUAUGAUUGCAAAAGAAGAUGCUAUUUAUUGUUAUACAGUUGAUAGCCGUGGACCAUGUUAUGUUGUUGGUGGUCAAAAAAUGAUUCUUCAAUGGUUUCGAAGUUAUUUAAUUAUUGUAUCUAAAGAUAAAGAAAAAUCUUCUAAUACUAUUACAGUCUCAACUACCACAAAAAAUCUUGAUGAAAUUGAGUCCGUGUCAAUCACUGUGUUAGAUAUUCAAAAUAAAUUUAUAGUUUUUACUACUACCAUACGUGAAAUAUUAUCAGUUUUACCUGAGUGGGGAUCGUUAUAUGUCUUAACAUCCAGAGGAAAUUUAUCACAGUUGAUAGAAAAAGAUUUGCAAUCAAAAUUAACUGUAUUAUUUAAGAAAAAUUUGUAUGAUGUUGCUGUACGUAUGGCCAAGUGUCAGCAAUUUGAUUCUCAAGCUUUGAUUGAUAUAUUCCGUCAAUAUGGUGACCAUUUAUAUGCCAAAGGCGACCACAGUGGUGCUGUAGAACAAUAUAUUAAAACUAUAGGAAAACUCGAACCGUCUUAUGUCAUAAAAAAAUUCCUAGAUUCUCAAUACAUAGAAAGUUUAACUACAUACUUACAUGCUUUACAUAAAUCAGGUAGUGCAAAUAAAGACCAUACUACUUUAUUGUUCAACUGUUAUUCAAAAUUAAACAGUGUAGACAAACUUCAAGAAUUUAUUAUAACCAAAGAUGAAAACAUUGAUUUUGAUGUGGAUGUUGCUAUAAAAGUUUGUAGACAAUCGUCACCUGAGAAUGCACUUGCGUUAGCUGAGAAACAUAGUAGACAUUCUUUAUAUAUUAAAAUAUUACUGGAAGAUUGCCACAAGUAUACUGCUGCUUUAGAUUAUAUUGAAAAACUUUCAAUUGAACAGUCAGUACAGAUAAUUAAACAAUAUAUUAAUGUCUUCAUAGAAAAUGUUCCUAAGGAUACAGUAAAUUUCUUAAAGAAACUGUGUACUACUUGUUACACUACAGCCAAUGUAGAUCUGUUAGAUCAUUCAGCUCAACCAGAAGAUUUCAUUUAUUUAUUGUUGGAUGACUCCGAGUGUUUAGUCAAUUUUUUGGAUCAUUUUGAAAAUUUUCUUAACAAGUGGUCUACAUCAUUAUUGAAUACAUACAUUGAACAUUGUUUGAUAGUAUGGAAAAAUGAAAAUAAUCAAGAAAGACGCAUCACAAUUGAAAAAAAAAUUAUCAAUAUUCUACAAUCUGUUGAUAAUAAAAUAUGUGAUCAUUAUCAAGUUUUAAUUUUAGCUAUUUCUUUUGAAUUCAAAGCAGCCAUAGUCUACAUCUUUGAACAUAAUAAACAGUACACUAAAUUGAUUCGCUAUUAUUUAUCCUUGAAUGAUUAUACUAGCGCGAUAAAUUGUUGUAGAGGAUAUGGAAAUGUGGAACCAAAAUUAUGGGUAUCCAUAUUUAAUACAGCAAUGAUAGAUGAAAAUUUUCCUCCUCUUAUGUUGGAAGAAAUAUUAAAAGAGAUUGAAAGAAAAAAUCUUUUGUCAGCUCAUUUUACCAUUACCUCAUUGGUUAAAUCUAAAACCAUUAAUAUUGGUCAUGUUAGAGCGUACCUGUCAAGUUUGUUUGGUGCUGAAAAGAAAACCCUUGAAAAAGAAAAAGAAACAGUUGAUAAGUAUCAGAAAGAUACAGAAAAUAUUCAGCAAACAAUACAAAAAUUAAAAAAUUGUGCGGUUGUCUUCCAAGGUUUACGUUGUAGCGCUUGCAAUAAUCAAUUAGAGCUUCCCAGUGUACAUUUUAUGUGCCAACAUUCAUAUCAUCAACACUGUUUUCAAGCUUUUUCAGAAAGCGAUGAUGAUUGUCCAGCCUGUACUCAGAACAAUAAGCAAAUAAUGGAUAUCAUCAGGACUCAGGGUCAGAUGAAGGAUCAUAAUGAAGUAUUUCACAGUCAGUUAGAACGAUCCACCGAUAGUUUUUCUUUGAUUUCUGAGUAUUUUGGUCGAUGCCUUUUUGAUAAUUUAACUGCAGCUGAAAACCAACUAGCCAAGUCAAUAUUUGUAUCUCCUGAACUAUCAGCACCUAAAGCAAUAGUUCCAAUUGUACACACUCCACCAAGACUGAGUCCAAAAUUAGCUGUUAAAACAAGUAUAAAUCCAUUUGAUGAAGAUGAUGAUGAUGAUGAUAUGGAAUACGACAGUAAUAAUCCAUUUAAAAAUGAUUACAAGGAGAGCAAAAAUCCAUUUAAAAAUGAUUACGAUGAGAGCAAAAAUCCUUUUGCAAAUGAUCCUUAACCAUAUGAAUACUUUAGUCAAAUAUUAUAACAAUAAGUAAUAACUAAUUAAUAA